GCCCUUAGCAUUCGCCUAUAUUGCCUAUGCCGAGGGCCGCCCUGGGCACAAGGCAGAAGGCAGAAGAAGAAUCUUAGUUGUAGAAACAGUAGACUCGUCGAAAAAUGUCCACGAGAAACUUCAUCUUGCAUUGCAAAAGGACAAUAAAUGACUGCACAAGACUUCUCCAAACAGAUGAUGGUCAUGCUGUGUUACAAUCCACAAUAGUGAGGUUAGAAACAAUGGAGAGGAGCAUCGAGUGGUCACGGGGCAGGCUAAUUAACGUCCAUACAGAUCUUUUACUUCAGGACCUUCGGGAAUAUAUAGAUGAAGUCCGGAGAUCUUGGCCUACCACAACCGCACAACAAGGUCAUUCUGGCUACCACGCCCCACUCAUUCUGUUGGGUGGCCGAGGUCCCCCACAAUACAGCAUUUCGAGGGAGCAACUCUCUUUUUUGAGGAGCUGUGGUUUUACAGCUACAAAGAUGGCGCAGAUAUUAAAAGUAUCUCUGCGCACAGUGAGACGGCGUUUGAGGCAGUUCCACAGGCCUGCACCUUGUCGUGGUUGCUCCAGAGGUUGCCAGGCAGGGACUUCAGUCUGCAGCGUCCACGUCUGUGAGGGUCUGAGACGGCGGUACCAUGGCCGACCACGAAGAAUCCCAGAAGAUGAACGGCUCCUCCCAUCGUGAGGAGGCUCCCAAAGAGAGCAUGCAGCUGAAGAAGGAGAUCUCGCUGCUCAACGGAGUCAGCCUGAUCGUGGGGAACAUGAUCGGCUCCGGCAUCUUCGUCUCCCCCAAGGGCGUGCUGAUCUACAGCGCCUCCUACGGGCUGUCGCUGGUCAUCUGGGCCAUCGGGGGGAUCUUCUCUGUGAUAGGGGCCCUCUGCUACGCUGAGCUGGGCACCACCAUCACCAAAUCAGGGGCUUCUUAUGCGUACAUCCUGGAGUCAUUUGGAGGCUUCAUUGCAUUCAUUCGUCUGUGGACCUCUCUGUUGAUCAUUGAGCCCACCAGCCAGGCGGUCAUAGCCAUUACGUUUGCAAACUACCUGGUGCAGCCGCUCUUCCCGACGUGUGAGCCGCCGUACGCAGCGUCCAGGCUCAUCGCUGCCGCCUGUAUAUGUCUACUGACGUUCAUUAACUCUGCCUAUGUGAAGUGGGGCACGCGCGUGCAGGACACUUUCACCUACGCCAAGGUGGCAGCCCUCAUCGUCAUCAUCAUCACAGGCAUCGCCAAGCUGUGCCAGGGUAACACAGCCAACUUUGAAUCAUCCUUUGAGGGAUCGUCUACAGACCCUGGCCACAUCGCGCUGGCGCUCUACUCUGCCCUCUUCUCCUACUCGGGCUGGGACACUCUCAACUUUGUCACUGAGGAGAUCAAAAACCCUGAAAAAAACCUGCCCUUGGCCAUCGCCAUCUCUAUGCCCAUCGUCACCAUCAUCUACAUCCUCACUAACGUGGCCUACUAUGCUGUGCUGGAUGCUAGUGCUAUACUGGCCAGUGAUGCAGUGGCAGUGACAUUUGCAGAUCACACUCUGGGUGUGAUGAGCUGGACCAUCCCCAUCGCUGUGGCUCUGUCCUGCUACGGAGGACUCAAUGCCUCCAUUAUAGCUGCCUCCAGGUUGUUCUUCGUGGGCUCUCGUGAGGGUCACCUCCCAGAUGCUCUUUCCAUGAUCCACAUAGAGAGGUUCACCCCCAUCCCCGCUCUCAUCUUCAAUUGUAUCAUGUCUCUGAUCUACCUGACAGUGGAGGAUGUGUUCCAGCUCAUCAACUACUACAGCUUCAGCUACUGGUUCUUCAUGGGGCUGUCCAUCGCCGGGCAGAUCUACCUGCGCUGGAAGGAGCCCGACAGACCCCGACCUCUCAAACUGUCUCUGGUGUACCCGGUGAUUUUCUGCAUGUGUACUGUGUUCCUGGUGGCGGUCCCUCUCUACUGCGACACCAUCAACUCCCUGAUUGGCAUUGGCAUCGCCCUGUCAGGGGUCCCCGUCUACUUCCUGGGCAUCUACCAACCAGAGUCCAAACGGCCCCCCAUCGUCACCAAGCUGCUGCGUUCCCUCACUCACUGCACUCAGCACAUUGGCUACUGUGUGCUGACAGAGAUGGACAAAAGUGAAUAGCCCUGAAGCAGCAGUCUCAUCCUCACUGGGGCUCCUGUGUGGGUCAAAAGAAGGACUUUAUAGUACUGUUUACCACGUUGAAGCCCUCAGACUCCACUGACUUGUUUACAAAACUGAAAUGCUGCCACAGACGCCCUCGUUCACAUGCAGAUGAAUCCUGGAAUUCCUGGAUAUUCAAAGACUCCGAGACAUAUUGUGGAUACUGUUACAUUUGCUUCAUCACAUUAUUUAAUUACCUCUAUUAUAAAGGAUUGCCUUGUUAUUUUAAUAUGCAGUGUAUAUAUAUAUAUAUAUAUAUAUAUAUAUAUAUAUGCCUCUUCAACAUCAUGUGCCUGUGAGGCACUGCACAUGACCACAGGGACCUGUUAAUGAUGCAAUGCAUUUGUAUUCUAUGGUUUAGUCCUAUUUUAACUGAAAGUGCAGUAUACGGUGUUAAUGUACUCAAAUCUCACCUGAGAAUUCAGACAAACCAUGAGUUGUCCGUCAUGUUCAAAGGGAAGAAAAUGUCUUUCUGUCUUCUGCUAUGUGAAGUCAUCAUCCUCCAUUGCCUUUAAGUAUGUCUGUCCUUCAUUUGAACUAAAUAAAACAUUGUUGAGGGGAUUGAAUCCAGU